AUGACUGCACAGCCAAGAACACUUGAUCCUCAAUUGCUCGCCGAGGAGCUGAAAUCGGGCAAACGCGCCGCGUUGGCGCGUGCGAUCACAUUGGUGGAAUCGAAAAGGGCCGAGCAUCGUCACCUGGCGCACCAGCUCAUUCAGGACCUGCUGCCGUUGACGGGAAAGGCGUUUCGGAUCGGCAUCACGGGUGUACCGGGCGUCGGCAAGUCGACGACCAUCGACACGCUAGGCUCCAACCUGACGGCCGCCGGGCACAAGGUGGCUGUCCUGGCCGUCGACCCCUCGUCGACGCGCACAGGCGGUUCGAUCCUUGGCGACAAGACCCGAAUGGCACGGCUCGCGACCGACCCGGGCGCCUAUAUCCGCCCCUCACCGUCCGCCGGAACUCUUGGCGGCGUUGCCGCGAAAACACGCGAGACCAUGCUCCUGUGCGAGGCGGCCGGCUUCGAUGUCAUCCUGGUGGAAACGGUGGGUAUCGGCCAGUCGGAAACGACGGUCGCCGACAUGGUCGAUUUCUUUCUGGUCUUGAUGCUGCCCGGCGCCGGCGACGAACUGCAGGGCAUCAAGAAGGGUGUUCUGGAAAUUGCCGACAUGAUCGCUGUCAACAAGGCGGACGGAGAUGGUGCCCUGCGCGCGCGCUCUGCCGCCUCCGACUAUCGGGCGGCUCUCCACAUUCUGGCGCCGAAAUCGCCAAACUGGAUUCCUCCGGUCAUCACGAUCUCGGGCCUCUCGAACGAGGGUCUUGAUACGCUGUGGGCACAGAUCGGGCUCUACAGGGAACGCAUGCAGGCCAGCGGUGAAUGGCAAGAAAAACGCAGCCGUCAGCAAGUCGCCUGGAUGUGGGAUCUGUUGCAGCAACGCAUGACGGCAGCACUCAGAACCAACCAGAAAACCGCCGAGCGUCUGAAUGUCCUGGAAGAGUGCGUGCGGGACGGAACAACGGCUGUUUCAUUGGCGGUCGAUGAACUGGCAGAACUCAUGGGACUGAAAGAAUGA